AUGCGGCACGCGGACGCGCAUGCCCGGCUGGUAGUGGAUUGGUUGGAGAGUAUCGCCAAAGAUGAAAUCGGGGACUUCUCUGACAACAUUGAAUACUACGCCAAGUCUGUGUACUGGGAGAAUACCCUUCAUGCUCUGAAACAGAGGAGAAACGCAUCCAGCACAGGCUUCAAUGUUCCCCUGGUUACUGAGCUGGACCCUGACGCCCCCAUCAGACAGAAGCGUCCCCUGGCAGACCUGGACAGAGAGAAUGACGCCAGGCUGCUGAAGUACCUGUUCACCCUCCUCAGAGCGGGCAUGACUGACGAGGCCCAGAGGCUUUGUAAGCGCUGUGGACAGGCAUGGAGGGCUGCUACUCUGGAGGGGUGGAAGCUUUACCACGACCCCAACAUCAACGGAGGCGGUGCAGAGCUGCUACCAGUGGAGGGGAACCCUCACCGCUGUUUAUGGAAGGUGUGCUGCUGGAGGAUGGCUGACGACGAACACGUCAGCAGAUAUGAGAGAGCCAUCUACGCUGCUCUGAGUGGGAACCUCAAACGGCUGCUCCCAGUGUGUGAGUCGUGGGAGGACAGUGUGUGGGCCUACUUCAGGGUCCUGGUAGACUCUCUGGUGGAACAGGAGGUCAGGUCCUCAGGAAUGGGCAGCGAGGAGCUGGAGGAGCUGCCACAAGAAUACCUGGAGGCCAACUGGACACUAGAGAAGGUGUUUGAGGAGCUGUUAGCAACAGAGUCAAAGAAAGUCCUGGAGGAGACUAAAGAACAUUACCACAUCAUCCAGAAGUUAGUCAUCCUGGGAGACCUGGAUGGUCUCCUGGAGGAGUUCAGUAACUGGUUGACCAGGAGUCCAGCUCUGCCCUCUCACCUGUUGCUGUUCUACCGUAGCCUGGGCAUGCAGCUCAAGGAGGAGGUGUCGGUGGAUGUCCUGAAGGCCUACGUCUCUCUGUUGAUGAGGGAGAAGCAGGUGGAUCUGAUCGCCUUCUAUGUCAGUCACCUGCCGUCAGACAUUGCCACCGCCCAGUACGCUCACUUCCUAGAGGAGGUCACUGAGGCUAACCAGAGACAACGCUGUCUGGAGCUGGCCAGGAGGCAGGUCAGUCUGGACGUGGCAGCGGUCACUAAGAUGGUGAUGGAGAACAUAGAGAGAGACACUGAGGAGUUCGCUCAUCAUGACCUCACCCCUGCACUGGACACUGGCACCUCAGUGGAGGACCAGAGGAAGAUUGAUCCUAUUGAUUGGCUGGUGUUUGACCCCGCCCAGAGAGCUGAGGCCCUCAAACAGAGCAACGCCAUCAUGAGGAAGUUCCUGGCCUCUAAGAAACACGAUGCAGCCAAGGAGGUGUUUGGUAAGGUCCCAGAGGACUCAAUGAGGGAGAUAUACAGCCAGUGGGAGGAGCUAGGCCUGGACACGCCCCUUCCUGCAGAGGAUGAGAACGCCAUCAGGGAACACCUGUGUAUCCGCGCUUACCUGGAAGCUCAUGAGGCGUUCAAUGAGUGGUUCCAUCACAUGAACUCCCCCCCUCAGAAGCCCAGCCCCCCGGCCCAGGCCAAGUUCACUGAGAAGGUGGCCUUCGAGAUGAAGGAGAAGGAGUACCAGAUGGAACACGACAACUGGACCGGCCGUCUGGAGGCUCUGACUGAAGACGUGAAGGAGAGAAUCUACAACGUCCUGCUGUUUGUGGACGGGGGCUGGAUGGUCGACGUCAGAGAGGAUACGGAGGAGGACCCAGAGAGAGGCCACCAGAUGGUGCUGCUCCGUAGCUGUCUGCCCAUGAUGUCCUUCCUGUUGCAGACAGUACUGCAGAGAACACAACGCCACCAGGAGAGUCUCAGACUGGCUGAUAUCAUCGCCUCAGACCAACACCGCCUCUAUGAGGUGUUCUCCAAAGAUGAGCUGAGGAAGUUCCUUCAGAAGAUGAGGGAGUCGUCUCUUCUCUUAUUGGAUAAGAGUCUGGACCCGCUGGGGUACGAGAUCCAACCAUAAAUACACCCCACCUGGACAUUUGUUUUAUUUUCUUUUUUGUGUUCUUUUUAUUUUUUUUGCCAAAUUUUAUGUAAUGGAGUGAAUGAUUUUCUGCAUUUUCGUAUACAAUAAAAGUGACUUGACUGAAA